AUUUGGGUACGCGACGCCAUUUUUGUUUUGCUGCGAAGUUUGUUGAGAAUCUCUUACAUUUUCCCGAUUUUUUCCGAAAAUGUCUGCUCACGACCAGAUUCGAGCUAUGCUCGACGAACUAAUGGGAACAGGGAGAGAUGGGAACUACAUGUAUAAUGUGGUGUAUACCAGUGGGAUGGUCCACAAGACGUGAGUUCACAGAAUCUACUUUCGAAUUCCAGCAAGGCUGCAAGUAUUAAUCUCCGUUGAACCCUAUUGAGAGAAGUUCAUUCUAACAGACUUGAAACUAUGCUUUUAGAACAAAUCACCUCUAUUCAUGACAUAUAGUUUCUAAGAUUUGCCUCUGUUACUCUAAACUAUAUGUCCUCAGUGGAGCACAAGAUACAUGGUCGUUGAAAGUUAUUGAUUAUAAUUUUUCAAUUUUAUUGGUAAACUUCAGAGUUUUUUUUUGAGUAUCCCUGUUUUCUGAUGUGAGUUGUCAUGACCAUUGCCCAUUUUUGGUUCUACUGUGAUGUGACUUCGUCACCAUAAGGUUGGAUUAUAUGCAUCUCAAUAAUGCAAGUACAAGUCUGAUAAACUGGUUCAUGUUGCUUCAGAUGGCUGUUUGUGUUACUGAUUUCAUUGAAGGUUAUCCGUAAUCAUAUCUGUCCGAUUUUAGCUGAAGACCAUGACCCUGCUGAACAAUUGCGAUCUCCUCUUUCAGAAUAUUGAGCAGUGAUAUCUAGCAUCACCCACCUGCCUCAUACAGGGAUCUUGCAGAUUGUACAACAUGGACCACACGUGUGUAUACCCAUUAUGGUUGGAAAUAUUUUGUGUUGUUUCUCCUAAUGAAUGAUGCCUGCUGGCCUUGACUUGUAAUAAACACCAAUUGUAAUUCCCUUAAAUUUAGAUUUAGAUUUUACAAAAUAUUUUUGGAUCCUAAUCAGCUUUCGGCUGUACCAUUACACGGAAGCUGUGUGUCUACUAUUAUUUCCUAUAAUGGCAUAAAUUAACUAGUCACCAAUAAAUUGGAAUUGUCUGUCUUAAGUUUUUUUAAAAUCUUGAUUUGAACUUUUAUGAAAAAAUCCUUGAGAAAAUAAAAAUUUUUGUGGGCAUCUAAUUUUGAAAUUGCUGAAAAUGUGUAUUGCCAGUCAAGACCAGUAUUUCAUUUACAGUACUCUGAUGUACCAUUUAUGUACAGGUUCAAUAACCAUACAGCAUUAGAGAAAAAGGCUUACUAACACAGGCCAUGAUGCACAGCAAAUUGUCAGUUGGUGUCCAUCAGGGGAGUUAUUUUACAGUUUUGCGAUUUGCUAGGUGCAUCAUGGCCUUUGUCUUGACCUUUCUUUCUUAGUGUGCUCUCCUCUCUUGAAAUGUCAACAUUCUAUUUGACAUAUAGUUGUAUGAUUGUGAUAAAUUUUAGGUGAGAACAACAAAUACAAGGUGAAGUUUGAUGAUGCUCGGGUAUGUAGAAGCUUCCUGCUCGGGUGCUGUCCCCACGAUAUACUCGCAAGUACACGAAUGGAUCUGGGAGAAUGCCCAAAGAUACACGAUCUUGCUCUGCGGGCUGAUUAUGAGGCUGGCUCCAAGAAGAAAGACUUCUACUUCGAUAUUGAUGCAAUGGAACACCUUCAGAGUUUCGUGCAAGACUGCGAUCGCCGGACGGAGCAGGCUGCAAGACGCUUGAAAGAAACCCAGGAGGAGCUCAGUGAGGAAGCAAAUUCUAAGGCUGAAAUAAUUCAUACACUUGGUGAACAGAUCGGUACAAAGCUAGCCAAGGCUGAGCAGUAUGGAGCUGACGGUCAUGUGGAGGAGUCGCUGAGGUACAUGGAGGAAGUGGAAGAUUUGAAGAAAAAGAAAUCUCAAGCUGAGACGGAAUUUCGCAAUUCCAUGCCAGCAUCAAGCUACCAGCAGCAGAAGUUGCGUGUUUGUGAAAUUUGUUCUGCCUAUUUAGGCAUUCAUGACAACGACAGGCGACUUGCUGAUCACUUCGGUGGCAAGCUUCAUCUUGGUUUUAUCACAAUCAGGGACAAGCUGGAAGAAUUAAAGAUAAGUGUUGCUGAAAGACGUAAGCAGAGAGAGUUGGAGAGGGAAGAAAGACGUAAAGAGCGUGCCAAAGAACGUGAAGAAGGAGCAGCUGCUCGCCGUCAAUCUCCAAGUGAGAGUCGCAGUCGUAGAAGCCGCAGCUCCAGUAAGUCUAAGAAACGCAGCAGGUCCAGGAGUCGUAAUCGUGAUCGGGAGCAUCGGAGGAGACGGAGUCGCAGUAAUAGCAGAAGACACAGGACUAGGAGUAGGAGUACAAGCCGGAGUAGGCGAAGGAGGUCUCGUUCAAGAUCGAGGGACCGUAGGAGGCGGUGGAGGAGUAGGUCAAGGUCUCGGUCACAUCGUUCAAGUAGGUCACGACGAUCUAGAUCCAGAGACCGCAAGGACAGAUCAACAUCAAGGCAACGUUCAUCCGAAGGUCAAGGCAGGAAGUCAAGGUCUGAAUCAAAAGAGAGAAUUCGUGCUCGGUCCAACAGUGAAUCCAGUCAUGAAGCUGCAGCUGAUCAGGAGGAGACACCACAAGAAGUACCGCAAUUCCAACCAAUUGGAGGAUGGACAGAAGUACAGCCGGCUGUUGGCACUAGUAGUGAGCAACAAGAUUAAACAACUGAUUUUUUAUCAAGAAAUACAUGCAGGACUCCCAUCCACAGAAAGAUCACCUGACAUUAAAUUGAUAUUUUGGAAAGUAUUGCAACAAAUGUGGUUGAAGGUUUAACCAGAAUUUGUGAGCCUUCUGUUAUGAAAUGACAGCAUGUGUUGAAAAAGUAUGUGUUGUGCCUGCAGCUGGAGCAUGGACCUUAAUGGGAAUAAAGAGUGCUUAUUUAUGAAUUUAAAAGUGAAAAAGAUGCGGAUUUGAUGCGGGGCCCUAAAGGCGACGUUUAGAAGAGCUGUUAGUAGAAUUCGAAUAAAGAAUAUCACAUGAGUUAUCGUAGUCACUUGAUUUUUUUUUCUUCAAACAUAUGAAAAGAACUGUCCUUUUCGAAUACACAGAGCAGUAAUAGUACCAACAUUUGUAGUGAGAACUUGUGCAUUAGUUCUGUGUUGUAUUUGAAGACCUUGAAACAUGUCAUGGUGUCACUUGAUUCGGAUCGAUUUUUCAGUCCCUUUUCAUUCAUUUAUUCAGGUACUUAUAGGGUGAAAUUGUACAGACUGACAGUGUAUAUACAUGUAUAUCAGCUUUGAUGAAUCAUUGUUACUAUCAUUAUCAACUUGUUCAUUUGGUUACGGUACAUGUUAAUUUCCUUUGAUGUGUCAUGGUUUUGGUUAUUCCACACUGUUUCCCUCGAAAUUCCUGUUGUGUUUCAUUUUUCUCCAUUGUGACUUGAAAUCUGUAUUUCAACCAGUGUAGUUUGAAUAGAAUAUUGUGACCAAUGACUAGAGCGUUCCAUUGGCAUCUGUAAGUAUAAACAUCCCAAAGGUGUUACGUACUUGAAUAGAAAGUGCCAAUCUUCCAACUAAAGAUUCCUAAAACAAAUCGGGGUGUGAAUGAAACACUCAGUGCAUUAUUAUAUGUGCACAUCUUCUGAUUUCAUAUUCAAAAUCGUCAACCAAUUGUCCUUUAAAAUAUUCUCUGAUGCAGCCUGCCUUAGUCCACAACUGAUCGAUCUACAUUGUACCAUCAUUGAAAUAUGGUGUUCAUGUUCUCUUCUUUUGUAAUUAUGCGUAACUUGUUUUUAUUCAAUGAGCAAGUGUAAUAAAAGGUUUUCAGUAUAA